AUGGAUAUGAGUUAUGAUCCCCAGGCUACACCACAAUCCAAAGUUCUAGAGACCUUCGACAUGUCACCAGAAUCCGAGAUGGCCGCAGAAUUCGAAAUGGCCGCAGAAUCCGAGAUAGACCAAGAGAUGGAGGUAUGUCUAGAGCUUGAGAUGACCCCCGAGUUUGAAGAGAGAAUUCCAAUAGUCGAAAGUUUUCCAGAUAUCGAGGGAUUACCAGAGCUGGAGCAUUCUCCAGAUACUGAGCGAGCGCCAGAGUUCAGCGCACUAGAUUCCGAGAUAGAAGAACCCGAGGAUGAGAUGGAUGCUAUGCCGAGUUACCAGACUACGACCGGUAUAGAGUGUGGGCUAGAUGGGAACCCGGACUUCUGCACACCCCUUCUUGUAAACAGCAUCUUAGCAGUGGCAGCGACGUAUUCCGAUUAUCCAGAACUCCGUGCUGUUAGGGGCAUGGACAGAACACGAGGCCAGGACUUCUUUGAGGAAGCUGAAAGGCUAUGGAAGGCAGAAGAGGGGCGGUCCACAUUAGCCGACAUUUCAAGCAGUGACCCUGAUGAUCUGAAAUUUCAGGGCAAACGCCAAGCCAGCUGGCUCAUGCUCCGACAAGCUGUCCAGCUUGCAAAAGACAUUGGUCUGUUGCACUCCACAGGAAGAUUUUGGAAUCCAGACAUGCCGGUCAGGAACCGACAUGCGGAGAUGUCAUUCGAGCGCAGCAGGUCCGCAUAUCUUGAGCCUCCGUGUUGGAAUCCUGACAAGGUGCAUGACUUCAACGACAGAAUCUUGUGGAGCGCAUACCCAAGUUUCAAGCAAGACGAUCUUCAGGAAACGCCAGCUCAACUUGGUGCGACCCUGGACAACACGAUUCUCCUAGCCAAAAUUGCCGUGAGGAUCCAGGAAUUCUUAUUCAAUGAGUCCUGGCGCAUGCCGACGUCCGAAGUGGAAGCAACGGCGGAUGUCUUGUUAGGUCAAGUGCGGCUCAUUAUGGAAAGCCUACCUGAUUCAGAAAGCGACCAACAAGAGCUUUCGCACAUCUUACUUGUGCAUGGUAUUUUUCAAGUACCUCUGGGACCACAGCAAUUGGAAGCAACGCCCGAGAAGCUCUGGUCAUGCCGGCUCGAACCUAUCAAAAAAAUUGUCGAGUAUCUCCGCGUAUUUGAAUCUAGGUUCGGGCUGCGGUCGAAUUCCGAGACAGAUGUUGGAGCCCGCUCACCGCAGUCUUCUUGCUCUAUUAGUCUUCAGCAACCAAGAAGAGUCGUGGGAGCCAAUGAUAGAGCUCUGUCGAUUCCUGGCGGCGUGCAGCAAGAGGUUGGUUUUGGCGGAGCAUAUGUGUCUCCAUUUCGAACAGCUGAUCAAAGCUCUAAUCUCGAGUUACCACCAGAAGCACUCGCGGUGCUGAAAGGCAGCGAUAACGAUGGGUCACAGUGGAUGUGA